UGCCCGCGCGCCGCUCCCGCCGCUCCAAGAUGGCGCAGCCGCCGGUUCUCCUCAAGGACACGAAGCUGAUGGACGUGAAGCUGGGCCAGCUGCCCUCCUGGCUUGCCAUGAGGGACUUCACCCCCGGCGGCAUCAUGGGGGCCUGUCGACGAGGUUAUGACAGAUACUACAAUAAAUACAUCAAUGUGAAGAAGGGGGGCCUCGGGGGUAUCUCCAUGGUGCUGGCUGGGUAUGUUGUUCUCAGCUACAUCUGGAGCUACAGUCACAUCAAGCACGACCGGCGCAGGAAAUACCACUGAGGCACCAUCAGAAGGUGAAGGUACAGCUCCUGAACAGCCCUGGCUGCUGGCAGUUACCCUGACAGAAGACAUCACAACUAUUCAUGUUAAAUCUGUGCUGUUGUGACCAAUAAUAAAGUGCUUACACUUUACGUUUCCUGAGCUGA